CGUUCCGUCCCAGGUGGGUGCCGGGUUUCGGGGUGAAGUGCUGUGUCUGUUCUGCUUUGCUGUGGGAGAGAUGGCGACUCGUUUGCGGCAGAAUAACAAAUGCACUGUUAUCGGGGGCUCCGGCUUUUUGGGCCAGCGUCUGGUGACAAGACUUCUGGAGAAAGGCUACCGUGUUAAUGUUUUGGAUAUUCGAAAACCAUCCGCGAGUGAAGGAGUUCAGUUUUUUAGUGCUGAUCUCUGCUGUAAAGAGGAUAUACUGCCGGCAAUUCAGGAUGUGAAUAUUGUAUUUCACUGCGCUUCUCCACCACCUUCCAGUGACAACAGAGAACUCUUUUACAAGGUUAAUUACACAGGGACCAAAACCAUAAUUGAAGCAUGCAAAGAAGCUGGUGUUCAGAAACUGGUGCUAACUAGUAGUGCGAGUGUCGUAUUCGAAGGCACAGACCUAAAGAAUGGCUCUGAAGACCUACCAUAUGCUAAAAAACCCAUUGACUAUUAUUCACAAACAAAGAUCUUGCAGGAAAUGGAAGUUCUCAGUGCUAAUGAUCCAGAUCAGAACUUCAUGACGAUUGCAAUUCGUCCUCAUGGCAUUUUUGGACCACAAGAUCCACAUUUAGUACCUGUCCUUGUACAGGCUGCAAGGAGUGGCAAGAUGAAGUUUGUGAUUGGUAAUGGUAAGAACCUGGUAGACUUUACCUACAUUGAUAAUGUUGUACAUGGGCUAAUCCUAGCAGCAGAGAAUCUUCGCUCAAAUUCACACAUCUGUGGAAAGGCUUAUCAUAUCACAAAUGAUGAACCGAUUCCCUUCUGGACUUUCCUGUCUGAGCUUUUGGUUGGAUUAAAUUAUGAUCGUCCAAAGUAUCACAUACCUUACCUGUUGGCAUAUUACUUGGCUGCCUUGCUUUCAAUUAUACUGUUGCUUCUAAAGCCAUUUUUGAUCAUUAAACCUACAUUCACUCCCAUGCGAGUAGCAUUGGCAGGAACAUUCCACUAUUACAGUUGUGAAAGAGCAAAGAGAGAUCUGGGGUAUAAACCUGUCGUCUGUCUCAGUGAAGGAAUAAAGAAUACAAUUCAAAGUUUUGCAUACCUCAAAAGAUUAAAAGAAUGAUAGUUUCAGUAAGUUAAUUAUCUGAUGUACUACCUGUUUCUCAGUCAAGUAGUAGUAAGUAGAUUUAAUUAUUUAAGUUAACCAUUGCUAUGAUGUGUCCCCAAUUUGGAAAUUUAAUUAUUCUUGAAUGACUCCAAGCAUGAUGUGACUGCUGUCCUUCUGGGAUAUAGACUAAUAUGAAAGUGCAUUAUUGGUUGUAAAGGAGCAAAAACAAACCUUGCAUAUUCUGUGAUAUCCAGAUAGAAGAUGCAGUGUUUUGAUGAAUCCUUGUGCUAGAACGUAUACUGAAACAAAUUAAUGAAAAGGUCAACUCCCAAACUGAAUAGCUACAUUACUGCUUAUAUUUGACUUGUAUGCCUUGUUUAAACUUUGGUAGAAAGUCUAAUGUGUUGGGGGGGGUGGUGGUGGUGGUGGGGGGAGGGAGAAUGAUCUUCUUGUGAUCCUUUAACUUUUUUUUAAUUAAAAGAAAAUAUUUCC